CCCCAUUGUGCGCGCUCGGCUCGGACCGGGGCGCGGGAAGGGCGCGCCGGGGCUCCGGGGCAGGAGCGCCGCUGCCCGGUCCCUCUGUCGCCGCGGGGCCGCCUCCUCCGCCCCGUCCUCGCGACGCCGCUUCCCCAGGGGAUCUUCGCCCUGUGGCCCGGUGUCUCCGCUCUCGGCGUCCUCGGCCCCAGUCCCUGCGUCUCAGUGCCCCCUCCCCGGCGGCAGUGGAGCCGCCGGACGGCCUCGGGACCCCACGGGACAAACCAGCCCUGCGGACUCCCCCAGGCAGGAGGCGGGGCCGGCGGGACGCUGAGGCUUGGGAGAGACGACGGCCGGGAGCCCCUGCUGAGCCCCGGGAGGCAGGCGCAGGCUUUGGGCCCUGAAAAACCUCCACCCCUCUCCCAUGGGUUUGUGAUCGAGGUAGCAGCGCUCCCAGCAGCCCUGGACCACAGAUCCCCGCCGGCGGCAUGUGGCUACCUCGCGUUUCCAGCACUGCGGUGACCGCGCUCCUCCUGGCCCAGACGGUGCUCCUGUUCAUCCUGUUCUCCCAGCCCAAGUCGCCAUCCCCACCGGCCGGGGAGGAGCGGGUGCACGUGCUGGUGCUGUCCUCGUGGCGCUCGGGCUCGUCCUUCGUAGGCCAGCUCUUCAACCAGCAUCCCAAAGUCUUCUACCUGAUGGAGCCUGCGUGGCACGUGUGGGCCACCCUGUCACAGGGCAGCGCGUCGGCGCUGCACAUGGCUGUGCGUGACCUGGUGCGUUCCAUCUUCCUGUGCGACAUGGACGUGUUCGACGCCUACAUACCCUGGCGUCGCAACCUGUCAGACCUCUUCCAGUGGAUGGUGAGCCGCGCGCUGUGCUCGCCACCGGCUUGCAGUGCCUUACCGCGCGGUGCCAUCAGCAGCGAGGCCGUGUGCAAGCCGCUGUGCGCCCGGCAGCCCUUCGGCCUGGUGCAGGAGGCCUGCCGCUCCUACAGCCACGUGGUGCUCAAGGAGGUGCGCUUCUUCAACCUGCAGGUGCUCUACCCACUGCUUAGCGACCCUGCACUCAACCUGCGCAUCGUGCACCUGGUGCGUGACCCAAGGGCGGUGCUGCGUUCUCGGGAGCGGACGGCCAAAGCGCUGGCACGCGACAAUGGCAUCGUGCUGGGCACCAACGGCACGCUGGUGGAGGCUGACCCAGGCCUGCACGUGGUGCGCGAGGUGUGCCGCAGCCACGUGCGUAUCGCUGAGGCCGCCACACGCAAGCCACCACCUUUCCUGCGUGGCCGCUACUUGCUGGUGCGCUUUGAGGACCUGGCGCGCUCGCCACUGUCGGAGAUCCGCGCGCUCUACGCCUUCGCAGGCCUGAGCAUCACACCGCAGCUCGAGGCCUGGAUCCACAACAUCACCCACGGGGCUGGAACGGGAGCGCGCCGCGAGGCCUUCAAGACCUCGUCCAGGGACGCAGUCAAUGUCUCCCAGGCCUGGCGCCACUCACUGCCCUUCUCCAAGAUCCGCCGCGUGCAGGAGCUGUGCGCUGGUGCGCUGCAGCUGCUGGGCUACCGGGCGGUGUUCUCCGAGGCUGAGCAGCGUGACCUCGCCCUGGAACUGGUGCUGCCGCGCAGCCCGAGCAGCUUCAGCUGGGUGUCAUCCACCGCCGAUCACCCCGGGCCUUAGUAGGGGGUCCCCAGUUGUGGUGGCACUUGUGUGUAGUGUGGAGGGAGAGGGGAUGUGGGCACAGGCUGUUGCUGAAGGAGCCAGGAGUUUGGGAGUCCUGGCCUGUAGUAGGGAAGGACGGAGUCCCCAAUCUCCGUGUUUCUUUCUUCCCACGUCUACAUUUUCCUUCAGGUCAUGGAAACCAAAACGAGGUUCCCACUUCCUCUGGGCCCGAGGAAUAAGUUAAGUCCACUUGGCUCCUUUUCAAAUGCUUUCUUUCCCUUAAGUCUCUCCUCCCUUGGGAUGCACCAAGCAGCUGAGAAGGGGGUCCCAGCCCUGCCUGGGAGUCGAGGGGCACUGGGGCAAGAGGGCCCCUGAAGAAGCGUGUAUAUCUCCCCCCAUACACACCCCAGACUCUGUUCCCCGUGCCCCUGGCACCACAGUCCUUCAAAGCUGGUAGCAUUUAUGUUCGCCUGUAUCCAGCGGGAAAUCAGACGAGAUUUCUCUCAGCUUGUGGUCUCCCUUAGCCCGCCUACCAGGGGCCCACACCCCCCCGUCACCUGCAGGUACGGUGGACCUUUGAUUUGUCCUGACAGGAAAAAUCCUACCUACAGAAAUAAAUGUAAUAACUAACCUGCAUGAUAAAGUUUCAACUUUAUAGCCUAUGAAGUCUGACAAGCAAAAUGGAAAAGUUAAGGGACUUGUCCAAGGUCAUAUGAUGAGAGGGAGGAUAUGGGGAGGAGGGGCUUUUGCUCUGGGGCUGCGGUGGGGAGGAGAGGUGAAUCCUCUUUUAUGAACAAGGUCAGAUUUUCCCAUCUUAUGUGCCCUAGGAAAGAGCAACCUGGCACGCCUGGGACCCCUAGGUCGUGAGCUCUAGGCCCAGAGUGCAGAGUCUGGGGAGCCUCCUGGGUUUGCCUGGAGGGAGGCAGUGAGGAGGAAAGGUGGAAGGGGAAAAGGCUUGGGAGGCCAGGGCAGCCACCCAGGCAGGGUAUGCGGCAGAGCAAGAGGUUGGCACCAGGAUCAGUACCUGGAGGGUGAGGGGAUGAAUGUAACUAGAUGAAGCUUGACAGGAGCUUGGAAGGAAAAGGACUCUGGGGUGGUUGUCUUCUCUGGACCUUCAGGGCCAGGCCGUGGAGGAGAGCAGAGUAGGGCCACACCUGACUCUGCAGCAGAGUCGUAUUAAAGGGUUGCUGGGUGUGUAGGGGGCUUCGUCCUGAGCUCAGGAAAUGAGGGCCAGCAAGUGCUCAGUAAAUAUUUAAAAGAAAAAAGCUCACAGAACCUCUAGAAAGGGCAGGGAAACAGACUGAAUGCACACAAAUAGAGGACCCCAGAUCGCCCUGGGGCAGAGUUGGUCUGGAGACUGACAGUUGCCCCCAGAGCUUCUGUGCCAGAAGAAAUGAUGGAGCUGCUCUCACUGUUGCCAUCAGUUGCCAGAUGGGAUUCUGGGGGUUGCAAACUUAUGAUUCUCAGCGCAGGUGUGGCCUUGGGUUGGUGGAACCUGGAUUAUGGACCCGUGUCCUUGCUGCCAAAGCAGGCAGGGCAAGGGGGAUCUGCCCUUUUCUGCCUUUCUUACAAGGAGCAGAGGUAUAUUGACCUUGAAGCUGAAGCUUUGGGAUACUUCAUUCGAGGUUCCAUCAAGCUGUAGAAGCUUCAGGCCCCAUAGAACUUCUGUUUGCCCAUGCUCACAAUGCCAGGAGGAAAGUAUUUAAAUCCCAAAUUUAUUAAUGGGGACCCUGAUGCUUAGAAAGGCUUGGGUCACAUAGCUUAAUAUAUGGACCCUAGGAUUCAAGUUACAUCUUUUACUUCAGUACUUAUAAUUCCAACAGAUAAACUGAAGUGGAGAUGCAGCAUAGAACCCCAAAUGCUUAGAAACCGGAUUAUUUCCUCCUGGCAAUAACAUGGGCCUCUGGGGGUUCUGCCAUUUGGCUGCAAACAUCUCAAGGACCAGAACAUGGAAGGCUAUGGUUGGGUAUGAAAUUGGUAUGGGACACUGGGGCCCCUGCCGCCAGCCCCUUUCCUCCCUUAAUGUCCCUCCCUGUCCUCCACCCUGUGCUCAUACCUGGAGAUAAAGGCAGCCCGCUGGCCCUGCCUGGAGGGAGUGCGCCGUGGAGUGGCGGGGUCAUCCUCGGAACAGCCCUGGGCCGUGUGGUAUGUUCAGGCAAGAAGGAUGAGCAAGAGGCGCACCUUGGCAGAGACUAAGAAUGGGAGGGAGUUCGGAGGCUAGUCUGAUAGUGUCAUCUGAUAGUGUCAUCUCGGCUUGCGUCACAGAUUGUAUUGAUGGCACAAUGAAUGGCCUUUGCUAUGUGAUUCACCCAUUCUGGCCUGACUCCCGAGGCCCCAGGGUGGGGGAGACUGGCUGCAAGACUGCUCCCUGCAUAGGGGGCGCUCUGGGCAAGCUUCUGGAUGAGUUCCCUGACACAUGGACUUCCAGGCAAGUCUCAGGGUGAACCCAGAUCAGGUUUCAAGAAAAGACAGGCAAUAUCCAGUUCCAGGGCCUGGGGACAUAGUGGGGGACAAAGUGGUCACAGCCCUUCCUCUUUGGGGGAGUGCAGACUCUAAAUAAAUAGUCACAAGAUAAACACGCAGCCAUAAAUGUAGAUUAUGCUCUAAGAAGAAACAAUAAGAAGAGGGAGACUGCCCUAGCUAGUCAGGAAGACGUCUUUCAAGAGGAAACACAUGGUUUGAAUAAAUGAAGGAUGACAAUGAGUUAAUCAAGCACAGGAUGAAGAAAUGGAGGCCAAGGGAGACUCAGGGACUGGUCCCCUUGGACUCAAGACUCCCUGACAAGAGACUCACUCCUGGGAAUUCAGGCUCAUGGAUUAAGAGAAGCCCACACUGAGUUGUUCUCUAGUAAAGAUUCCUAGAAAUAGAACUGCUGGAUCAGGAAGCAUUUGUGUUUUAACUAUGAAGCUGCCAAAUUACUCUAAAAAUGGAGUAGCAACCUACAUGUACUCCCUGGAACAGUGUCAAGAAUGCCCCAUGACCCUCUCUUACCAGCCACCCACACCCUACCCCCAUCACCUGUACAAGGUUACCAACCAUUUUCAUUUUUACCUACCCAUGGGGCUAUUAUUAAAUGCUAAAAAGAAAUGAGCUACCAAGCCAUGAGAAGACAUGGAGGAAACUUAAGGAAGCCAAUCUGAAGAUGCUCCACACUGUAUGCUUCCAACUAUAUGGCUUUCUGGAAAAGGAAAAUUAUAAAGGCAGUAAAAAGGUUGGUGGUUGCCAGGUGGUUGGGGUUGGGGGAGGGAUGUAUAGGUGGAGCACAGAGAAUUUUUAGGGUAGUGAAAAUACCCUGCUUGAUAUUACAAUGAUGGGUGUAUGUCAUUCUACAUUUGUCUAAACCCAUUGAAGGUUCAACACCAGAAGUGGACUCUAAGAUAAGCUACGGACUUGGCGUGAGUAUGAUGUAUUGCUGUCGGUUCAUCCUUGGUAAUAAAUGUACCACUCUGAUGAGUGAUGAUAAUGGGGAUGGGGAGGCUACACAUGAGGGAGGGGAAGAAACCUCUCUCUCAAUUUCAGUGUAAUCCUAAAACUUCUCUCAAAAAAAUUAAGUCUUUGAAAAAAAAUUACAGCAAAAGCCUUGGUAGUCUUAGGAGGGCUUGGCAGGGCUGCUGAACUGGGAGGGGUUGGCCAACCACACACAGACGGAAGCAACUGCCACAGGCUGGACUUGGAAUUUUCCUGGGUGGCAAGUCCUUCAGCCGAUUGAGUAUUGUCUCCUUUGGUAAGACUGGUUGGCCACGCAAUUCUACUGCUGUUCUGAUCCUAGUCUUCAAAUCCUCUACACAUUCAUUCAUUCAAGCACCAACAAGUGCUAAGGGCAAAAGUAGGAAAGGAUCCUGAGAAUUAGGGAUGUAUAUGUGUAAGGGUGUGAGUUGCAGUUCUUAAUGGGGCCAUCAGGGUAGGUCUCACUGAGAAAAGUGACAUUUAAACAAAGUCACAAAGGAGGUGAGGCAGUUCAUUAAGGAGUAACUAGGUAGCGGGUCCUAGAGGAGGAAAUAGCUAAUACAAAACUCCAAAGGAAGGAAUGUAUCCUGCCUAUUGGAAGAACAGCAAGGGGCAGUGGGUCUGGUGUGGUGGGCCAAAGGAAGGCUGCUAGGAGAUGAGAGGGUGAGGGGUCAGGUCAUGGGCCUCGAUGAGGACUUCGGCUUUUACUUGGAGUGAGAUGGAGGGUGUGCAAGGCCUCUCUUGCUCUAUGGCCCACCCUCCUUAGUCAGAUGCCUUUAAUAAGGUAUUAAAAUAAUAACUGAACAAGUACCCAGUUAAAUAUCUCAUUAUCAUUUUAAUGCCUAUGUUAAUACACUGAAUUUGUUUGGCAAGUUUUUUUUUAAUUGAAGUAUCAUUGAUACACAAUCUUAUGUUGGUUUCAAAUAUACAUAUACAACACAAUGGUUCCACAGU